AUGACUACUCCAAGGACACAGACCACAAGGAAGGUCUUAAGGACCCCAAAGUGUGCCCGAUGCCGUAACCACGGUGUGGUGUCUUGCCUUAAAGGCCAUAAGAGGUACUGCCGGUGGAGAGAUUGCCAGUGCACCAAUUGCCAACUCGUGGUGGAGAGGCAGCGUGUCAUGGCAGCUCAAGUAGCCCUGAGAAGACACCAAGCUACGGAAGGCUCGUCUCCAGUGUCUGGUAAAGAUGGCCAACCUAUAGGGAGUGGUCCUCCUCGUAAGGUGCCGUGUGGAACUGGGAAGGGGACGGGUGGAUCUGGUGCUCGUAAGACGGCACCACUGAGGAGUGUCGGUAGUGGCUCAACGUCUGUGUCUAAAGACAUCUUAGAUGGAUGCCGAAGCCGAAGCAGCCGAUCAUCUCAUGCUACCGCCAGCACCUCACCUCGUCCAGUCAUCUUCCUCCCCCCAUCCGUCAGUGAGAGGAUGCGAAAACGUCGUGCCUUUGCUGAUAAAGAUUUAGAGAGCACCAUGCUACAACGGGAAUGUCAGUGGAGCUUGAUGUAUGCGGCUCAGGCUGGUCUAUCCCGACUGCAACCACCAGGGACUGAGCACCAUAGACGGGCCUCUACUGAUACAACCACACCCCUCACUGAUCAACAUGGGGAUAUAACAAGUCAAACCAAACACUUCUUAAGACGAUUGUUCCCUAGUCUAAGCACAUCGACCCUGGAUGCAGCACUACGAUGUAGUGGUGGUAAUCUUAGGCUAGCUAUUGAGAAACUGGUGACAGUUCAUUCACCACCCUCCCAACUCGGCCCCGGGACACGCCCAGAAGCGGAACACGGAGUAGUGCCAGAGUCAACUCUUUAUCUACCUUGGUAUUUGUCUUACCAACGAAAUGCAUCACUUCUUAAAGAGAACGAUUUGCGAACUCACACAACAACACCAUUUGAACAGAGAGACACAAAUUCACUACUGGCGAGUAGAACAAUACCCAAGUAUUCGAUGCAAGAGUUUCGAGGCGAUAGUUCAGUAUCGGCGUUCACGUCAUUACAGAGAGAGGGAAAUAGUAUUCCUUUCUCAGAUUCUCGAAACCGGUUUGGCAGUGUCGAGAGCGAAUGCGAAUACUCCCGCGAUCGUGAUGAAGAAUCGAUACUGACAAACUCUCAGGAUGCAUGUGGCCCAAAUCAAACUCACAGUAAGCGAUUUCUAAAGACGCCCUCAACGUCAAGACUAUCGUUUUCUGUCGAUUCCAUAAUGGGGAAAAGAUGA